GUUAAGGCGUCCCAUUGGAGUCAGUAUUAAUUCGUUUACUACAUUCACAAUACACACGCACUCACGAGCGACGGGGGGCGGCGAAUCGAAGCUCGCGGACAAAUCAUUCGAGUGAACUGCCAUCGUCCAGCAUCUUUUUAUUUUUUUUUUGUAUUGCGAAUUUAUCGCAAACUUCGACGACAAUUUUGUUCUAAAAACAACAACAACAGUUCUUGAGGAUUAUCCACAUAAAAUAAACAGAGACCACUGAGCUGAGGAGAUGUCGCCACCGAAUGGGGUUCCACCAGGUAGCGAUGAGAAGAGGUAUGUUGCCGUUCCAAGGGAGGAGGAGGAAGACAAUAUGAAUGAAGAUGGCAUCACUUCGACGGCUGUUGUUGCGGAGACCGCGGUGGCCUCGAACGGAGCUAUCGCUGUUGGAGGAGGAGAGGUUGGUGUUGAAGACGAGGAUGAGGAUGCUGAGGUCGUGGUACCGCCGGACGGAGGUUGGGGUUGGGUUGUGGUGGCCGCAUCCUUCGCUUGUAAUAUGAUAGUGGAUGGUAUAAUAUUCUCGUUCGGGAUGUUUCUCUCUGAAAUUAGUACCACCUUUGAUGUGACGAAAGCAAAGGUCGCUCUUAUCGGUUCCCUCAUGUCAGGAUUUUAUUUAAUGACGGGGCCCUUCGCCAGCGCCCUAGCCAAUCGCUUCGGCUUCCGUCUGGUCGCGAUCCUCGGUAGCAUCCUCGGUGCUAUAGCAUUCGCACUAUCCUACUUUUCCACCAGUGUUCCCUACUUAUACUUUUCAUACGGUAUCCUUGGAGGUGUCGGCUUUGGGCUCAUUUACGUGCCGGCCGUGAUCACGGUGGGAUUCUACUUCGAGAAGUACAGGGCUUUGGCAACAGGAAUCGGUGUAUGCGGUUCCGGUAUCGGAACCUUCCUCUUCGCUCCGAUUUCCGCAAUUCUCGUAGAGAAAUUGGGAUGGAGGAACGCUUUGAUCGUUCAAGGUUGCAUUGUUCUCACCUGCAUUUUCUUCGGCUCACUCUUUAGGCCGGUAAAACCAACGAAAGUUAAGGAUCUGAAGAACAGGAAACCUGAACUCGUCAUGGACUCUGAUAAACUGCCAGUUGCCACCCGGGAGAAGAUGGAGAGCGCGCUGAAGAACAUCGGCAACAGCAUCCAUUCGAUCAGCCAAAGCCAAGGAACUUUGAACAAGAUACUCGGUGCCAACAAUAACGCGGAUUACCCGAGCGCCGCCGAAGUAUAUCACACGAUUACCGUACCGACUCAAAACAAACCCACAAGGAACGGCGAGAAGAGACUGAGCGUACCAUUCAUCAACGAAUCUGAUAAGCCCAAAGAAGCUCAACAACCUUUGCUGAACAACAAGGGAUCGACACCGAUGAUCAUUUCGAGCAGAAGACCGAGCGGUCACAGACCGAGAACUACUUCUGAUGCUAGUCACCCGAGGAGCAGGAGGGGAACACUCACCGAAGUCAGCAGACCUUUAUACAGAGAUGACGUGUUCUUCGGCGCCAGUCUCAACAGGCUUCCACAAUACCAAUCGCAGGGUUCUUUAGCUUACCAUCUUUCCGUCACGAGAUUGCCAACCAAGGAGGAUAUUGAAGAGGAGGUCGAGAACAAGGGAGGCUGCAAAAUGUGCCCGGAAUCUGUCAGAAGGACUUUGGCUACUAUGCUGGAUGUUAGCUUGCUGAAAUCUCCAUCCUUCUUGUUGCUCGCUUUGAGCGGUCUGUUCACCAUGAUGGGCUUUUACGUACCGUUUAUGUACAUCGUCGACAGAGCGGAACUCAACGGAUGGAAGAACGAUGAAGCCAUCUGGCUGGUAUCUGCUAUCGGUGUAGCUAACACCAUUGGCAGGGUGCUGUGCGGAAUGUUGAGUUUCGCCCCGAAGAUCGAUACGUUAAUGGUAAACAAUGUUGCCAUCUCUAUUGGUGGUAUUGCUACAUUCUUCAGUGGAUACUCUGGAUCUCAAGAAUAUCAGUACUUCUAUGCCAUUGUCUUUGGAUUAUCUAUUUCAACUUUCGCAUCGUUACGUUCGAUUCUGGUAGUUGAACUCUUAGGAUUGGAGAAGCUGACAAACGCGUUCGGUCUUCUGCUGCUCUUCCAAGGUGUCGCCGCAGCUGUUGGUUCCCCUAUGGCAGGAGCCUUCAUGGAUGCCACCGGAAGCUACGACGCUUCCUUCUACCUCUCCGGCAGUUUGAUCUUCAUCUCAGCAGUAAUGUGCUACCCGCUCAACUGGAUCAACCGCUGGGAAAAGAGGAAGUUGGAACAAAAAGAAAGCAAAUCCGUACCGAUAUAAAGCAAUUACACAUCGAUAAUACAAACAACAACAACAACUAAAAAGUAGAAAGACACGAGACAACAAAUAUUUAAAUUGACUUUUUAAAGUGUAAAUAGUUUUUUUUAUAUAUAUAUAUUUUAUUAGCAUGUUCCUACUAUUUCGUCUUAUAAUCAUAUUGAUUAAUUCUAUAUGUUUUUAUUUUCUAUUUUCUUCUUCUCUGUCCAGUUUUACAUUUCGAUCCAGUUCAACAAAAAAAAAACAAUCUGUGCUCCGUCUUCUUUCGCAUUAGUCAAUUUUCAACGUAUACAAGAAAAUCAAGCUCUUCCAAAAUCACAUUUUGAAUCAGCCGUAACAAAUUUAAAUCUAUUCUAUAUCUAUGUUAAAGACUGAUUUGUAAUAUUUUUAUAUUUUGUAAAUAUUAAAAGGUAAAAAAAACAAGAAGAAAGAAUCGACGCUGGCGACGCGCAACAGUCCAUCAAUUUGUUUUCGGUGAUGCCAUCACCCUUGCAUCUCUUUAAUAUGUAUACACAGAUAUUAUUA